AUGCGGUCUCAAGGGCCUGUUCCCGUUGCCAUUAUCGGCAUGGGCUGUCGAUAUCCCGGGGGAGCCAACAGCCCAGAAGCCUUGUGGAAUGUCGUUGCUGAAGGUCGAAGUGGUUGGACAGAAGUUCCGUCAGAUAGAUUCAACCAUCAGGCGUUCUAUCACCCUGACCCAGAAAUUCCAGGCACAAUUAAUCAACGGGGAGGGCAUUUCAUUGACCAAGACAUUGCCACCUUUGAUGCUGGUUUCUUUGGCAUAGCACAACAGGAGGCAGAUACACUCGAUCCACAACAGCGAGUUGUUUUAGAGACGACGUGGGAGGCAGUCGAGAAUGCAGGCAUUCCGAUGCAUAAAUUUAAGGGGUCGGACACUGGAAUAUUUGUUGCCAUGUUCGGCCAUGAUUUCGCACAGAUAAUACACAAAGAUCCAGAGGCUAUUUCUAAAUAUCACAAUCUCGGCGUGGCCCGACCAUUGUUGGCAAACCGUGUCUCCUAUGUUUUCGACUUGCAAGGCCCUUCAGUCAUGGUAGAUACUGCCUGCUCUGGCAGCUUAGCUGCUAUUAGUUUAGCGUGCCAAAGUCUGCGCUCCGGUGAAACUUCCAUGGCAUUAGCGGGCGGUGUAAAUCUGGUAUUCUCUCCUGAUCAGAUGGCGUUGAUGUCAAUGACUGGACUCUUCAACGAUCAAGGAAGGUCCUACACAUUUGACGCACGCGGUAACGGCUAUGGCCGUGGAGAGGGUGUAGGAAUGGUUGUCCUUAAGCGGUUGGACGAUGCUAUGCGAGAUGGAGACAGCAUUCGAGCUAUCAUAAAAAGUUCAGGAAUCAACUCUGAUGGCCGAACAAAUGGAAUAAUGCUGCCUAAUCAGGAUGCCCAAGAACGUCUUGCGAAACGCCUCUUCCAGAAUCUUCCAAUUAGACCAUCUGAUGUGCAAUAUGUAGAGGCUCACGGCACAGGGACUAAAGCUGGUGACAAGGUGGAAAUAAACACGAUACGAAACGUGUUCUGCGAGGGCCGUAAUGGUCAAAAUCCCGUCUUCGUUGGCGCCACAAAGCCGAACCUUGGACAUUCUGAAGCUGCCAGCGGGACAGCAGGUCUCAUUAAGACGGUCAUGGCAAUGGAGAAGGGCUUCAUUCCACCAAACAUACUUCUCGAAAACUUCAAGCCUGGAUUGGAACCAGAUGAGCGGUAUAUGAAGGUAAGAUUAGCGUUUCACUCCAACUCCGCGCCAACUAACCGGAAAGCUGUAGUGAACAGUUUUGGGUUUGGAGGCACAAACGCGAUGUUGCUUUUGGAAUCAGCAGAUGGCUACAAUGCCACACAAAAUGGCACACAAAAUGGCAACGCCGAUCUGAGGAAAGACGAUCCGAAUCUUCAGCAUUUUUUCCCAAUAUCUGCUAGAUCCGAGUAUUCUCUGCAAAAUGCCAUCAAUAACCUUGGAGACUAUUUGAAGAACCACCCCAAUGUUCCACUUAACCACCUUUCUCACACCUUGGUUAAACGGAGAUCGAAAUUUCAGUGGCGCUCUUGUAUUGUCGCUGAAGAUAUCGAUUCCCUACUGCAGGGCCUUGGGGCAAAGGAUUUAGUACGAAACAAAGCGCCAAAUAAGCAAGCAACCGCCUUUGUCUUCACCGGACAGGGCGCACAAUGGGCAAGAAUGGGGUAUAACCUUCUGCUGUCUGAACAUACGGCAUUUGCUCGAUCAAUUGCUACCUCAGAAAAAUUACUACAGGGAUUCGACGCACAAUGGAGCCUAGUCGAAGAGCUAUCUCGAGAUGAGUCCUCAAGCCGCCUGAACAAUAGUGCAUAUGGUCAACCGGCAAGCACGGCUAUUCAGAUAGCUCUUGUUGACCUUCUCAAGAGUUGGAAUGUCUUGCCUACAGCUGUGGUAGGCCACUCCAGUGGUGAGAUAGCUGCGGCAUAUGCCGCUGGUGCUAUCUCGCAGAGUGCUGCAAUGUUUGCAUCAUACCACAGAAGUUUCUUGGCUGAAAAGUCGAAACAACGUUCUGUUCAAAGUGGGACUAUGAUGGCUGUCGGUCUUGGGCAUGAGGAUGUCCAGAAGUACAUCAAGCAAUUCAACAUUCAAGGUGUUACAGUGGCUUGUAUUAAUAGCCCUUCAAGCGUUACAACAUCUGGUGACUUGGAUGGAAUCACGGUCUUGAAGGAUGCCCUCGAUGCGGACGGAGUUUUCAGUCGCCGCCUUAAAGUUGAUACUGCCUAUCACUCUCAUCAUAUGCAGCUGGUAAGCUCCGAUUAUCUGCAUCAACUGGAAGGGCUCGAAUCAGGACCGGUAAAUACUGCCAUUCGUUAUUUCUCGAGUGUCACCGAACAAGAGAAAGUUGAUGGAUUUGGGGCCUCUUACUGGGUAGACAACUUAGUAUCGCCUGUUCGGUUCUGCGGUGCAUUACAAAACUUGUAUCAAGAGUUGCGGCAGGCAGCAGUUAACAUUGUUGAGAUCGGGCCCCACGCAGCUUUAUCAGGCCCAAUCAAGCAAACACUAGCAGGCCUUCAAGCCAAUGGCUCCUCAUACAACUAUAUUCCAACGUUGGUUCGCGGCGAAAACAGCGUCAAAUCUCUGAUGAAUACAGGAUCGACCCUUUUCCGCAGCGGGAACGACGAUCUCGAUAUUGGGGCUGUGGCUGCACUCUGCAAGUCGGAGUCAUCACCCCUAACAGUUUUGCGAGAUUUGCCCUCAUAUCACUGGGAUCAUACUGAAACUCACUGGAUGGAAUCGAGACUAAGUCGCGAGUAUAGGUGCAGAAAACAUCCUUCGCAUGAUCUUCUAGGCUCCCGAGUCAUUGCAUCGCCUGAUAGCCAACCCAGCUGGAGAAUAUUGCUAAGUACCGAAAGAUUGCCGUGGUUGCAAGACCAUGUUGUCGAUAACUUCAUUGUCUUUCCUGCUGCCGGAUACAUGACAAUGGCAAUCCAGGCGAUACAACAACUAGACCAAGACCGUCGACAAGACCUCAAGCCCAAAGGCUAUAGGAUAAAGAACGUUUCUUUUAAAAAGACGUUGACUAUUCCCAAGGAUGACAAGUCAGUCGAGACAAUACUUACAUUCCAAUAUUCUGAUUCAAACGAGAAUUGGAAUUUCUCUGUCUCUUCCAUGUCAGAUCAAGGCAAAUGGCAAGAUCACUGUAACGGCAUUAUAUCUACCAUAACUGAAAAUGACAAAGAUGAGGUUGUGCAACAACGUGAAGCAGAAUUUGAUCGCAAGACUCAAGCAUCUCGCUUGGAAGACGCAGCCAAGGCUUGCACAAAUGUCAUUUCACACAAGGACCUAUACUCUCAGAUGGCGGCAACAGGCAACCAAUAUGGGCCUACAUUUGCCAUCAACAACGAAGUUCGGAUGGCAGCAUUCCAAUCUCUAAACGACCUCAUUAUCCCAGAUAUUGCUACGAAGAUGCCCAGUGGAUACAUCCAGCCACAUCUCAUUCAUCCGACAACGCUAGAUGGAAUCAUCCAGUCUUGUCUUCCUGUGUUUCAGCAGCACUCCAAUAAAGGUUCAGUAAUGCCCAUUUUCAUUAGCGACAUAUUCAUUUCCACGAGCAUCGCCAAUCAGGCAGGGAAUCAUCUCCAGACAUUGUGUAAUCUAAGUAACGUCUUUCCCACGUCGACAAAUUUUAGCACCACUGUCUUCCAGACGGAAGUGGAUGGCACACCACAGUGCGUUCUCACUAUGAAUGGGGGAGAGAUUCGCGUUGUCGGAGAGUCUCAAGCUACAGAAGUGCUUCACAAUGAUAACAUCUUCAAACUAGAAUGGGGAGUUGACAGCUCUUCAAUUACACCCGAGAUGUUGGAACGCGUUCAAAUUCCCUUGCAGUCUGACGAAGCUGGGAUUACACAGGCAGAGAAAGUUAAUCUCACUUUCGUUGCUUGCGCUAGAUAUAUCGACUGGGCAGUCAAGGAAAUGCAUGAACGUGGAUUAGCGGUAAAAGACGAUCACAGAGUCAACUGGUGGCGACUGCUGGAGAAUUUUGCAAGUUCAGACAUGGGCAAGUCGCUUAUCGACAAGAGCCCGAACACCAAAGACGAGUUGGACAAGCUUACAUCCAGGCUUGGAGUCGAAGGAGAGGCUGUGGCUCGAAUUGGACCUGAACUGAUUCCUCUCUUGACUGGCCAAACAGAUCCACUCACUCACUUCUUGAAAGAUGAUCUUCUGUUCCGAGUAUAUCAUUCUGAUGAGGGGGCUCGACCCAACCAGUACAUGGCCGACUAUGUUAAAAUGUUGACUUUCCAGAGAAGAGAUCUCCGCAUCUUGGAAAUUGGCGCUGGAACUGGCGGCACAACUUAUAGAAUUUUGAAAGCAUGCAGCCCUAAUGGCGAUACCUUCUGCUCGGAAUACAUGUAUACUGAUAUUUCAUCUGGAUUCUUUGAGGCUGUGCGGACAACGAGAUUAAAAGACUGGGCGCACCUGUUGACAUUUCAAACUCUGGAUCUUGAGAAGGAUGCGGCGAGUCAAGGGUUCGAAGAACACUCGUAUGAUCUGGUCGUUGCUGCUAACGUUGUUCACGCCACACGGUCUUUGGACAAGUCGAUUCGAACGAUCCACAAGCUGUUGAAGCCUGGUGGUGUACUUGGCCUUGUAGAACUUACAACAUCAACGCCAUAUAUCAAUAUGACUUUUGGUUCUAUCCCAGGCUGGUGGGCUGGUGUUGACGAAGGUCGGACUGAUAGCCCGCUGCAGUCUGCCGAGCAGUGGAAUGUGCAUCUACAGAAGGCCGGAUUCUCCGGCGUUGAUUUGGCUGCCUAUGAUCUACCGGAACCCGAACGGCAUUGUGCUCUGCUGUUAUCAACCGCGCUUGCGUUACCUUCUGCGACUAAUGGACAUAUUCCUCCUCGCUUCAGGAUAUUGGAUGGCUUUGUUGGUGGAAAUCCACCAUCUAGCCCAUUCUCAGAGAAACUAGCAAGUGCUUUAACUGAGAAAGGAUUCGGGGCUUCGUUGGAGGAAUGGACUAAUGUUGAAGUGGACAACUCAGGUUCUUAUAUCAUCCUUGAUUCUGCGAAACAGCCUCUUCUCACAAAGGCUUCUGCUGAGCAGUUUUCUAGUAUCACACGCCUGUUAUCCAAGGCUACUAAGGUAUACUGGAUCAUCUUUGCUACAAACGACAAUAGAGGCAUUCUACCAGACAAUGCAUUAAUCACUGGAGUUUCGCGAACAGCAAGGAACGAAAAUCCGCACCUUGAUUGUUUCACCAUCGAUGUACAGGACUCUCUGCAACAGCACCCUGAUCAAAUCCAGAAUGCAAUUUUAGAAUUCAUCUAUGCUACUGAAGCAAGAAUCAAGAAAAAUGAGCCGAGGGAGUUUGAGCUAAUGUAUAGAGAUGGGAGAAUGCAGAUUCAACGCUUUGUCGCAGACAAUAAGCUGUCCAAAGUUGUUGCAGCCAGUUCUGACGUUACAGAGACUGAAGAAACUACUUUCCAUCAGACUGAUCGACGUCUCAGGAUUCAUGUUGACAAACCCGGCCUAUUAAAUAGCCUUGUAUUUGUUGACGAUGAUUCUCCUACUCUCGGUCCCGAUGAAGUUGAAAUAAAGUCUUAUGCUUGGGGCCUCAAUUUCUCGGAUGUUUUCAUUGCCUUAGGCCAACUACCACCCACACAGCCCAUGGUUGGCGAAAGCGCUGGCAUUAUCACAGCCGUUGGUUCCAACUUUGCAUCACAAUUCACGCCUGGAGAUCGAGUAACGGCCAUGUUUGGUACCCCUUAUGCAAGCCGGACGAGAACAAAUGGCCAUUUGGUCUACCGCAUACCUGAUAAGCUAUCAUUCACGGAUGCGGCUUCAAUUCCGUUGACAUUCGCUACGGCUUACUAUUCGCUCUUUGACUGCGCGAAUCUCCGCCAAGAACAGACAAUAUUAAUCCACUCUGCUUCUGGUGCAUUGGGCCAAGUGGCCAUAAAGAUAGCUCAAAGACUUGGCGCAACAAUAUUUGCAACAGUCGGAAGUGCAGCCAAGCGCCAACUCCUCGUCGAGCAGUACGGCAUCCCUGAGAGUCACAUUUUUAGCAGCCGGACAACCGAUUUUGCGGCAGGCAUCAACCGCCUCACCAAUGGAACUGGAGUAGACGUGGUGCUAAACUCUUUAUCUGGACCGAUGCUUCACGCUUCAUGGGAGUGUGUAGCCGCUUUUGGAACAUUUGUUGAAGUUGGCAAGACAGAUAUUUCCCGACGCAGCCAACUGAACAUGAAACCGUUUGAGAGAAACCUAAGGUUCAUGAGCGUUGAUCUUGUUGGGCUUUCGAAACAGCGACCAGCUGAUUGCCAAAAGUUGCUGCAAAGAAUAUUUGCAGAUUUUGACGCUGGACUCUUCACUCCACUGGAAGUUACGGCAAUGCCGAUGGGCGAUAUUGAGAAAGCUUUCAGGCUGAUGCAGAGCCGAAAGCAUACCGGAAAGAUUGUUUUGGAAGCCUCUGAUCAUUCGACUGUCCAAGCCAAAGAGCAACCAUUCCAUCUCCGUUCCGACGGAACUUAUAUCAUUGUCGGAGGCCUUGGAAGUCUAGGAAGGCAUCUGUGCCGUCAUCUGCAAGAAAAAGGCGCGAGACACAUUGCACUAUUCACACGACAGAGUUAUCAAGAGGCCGCCAAAGCUGAGAUGGAGAAAGAGUUGACAGUAGUUUUGGAGGCCAUAGUCAAAAUUGUAACGUGCGACGUAGGUGAUACGAAAGUGGUGCAGCAAGUAGCUGCAGAAUUGUCUCAAGCUAUGCCGCCAGUACGAGGUAUUCUCCAUGGCGGCAUGGUACUUUCGGACCGGACUCUGUCGCAAAUUACACAAAAAGACUUUGAGAUUGCUCUUUUACCCAAGUAUCACGGCACAGUCAAUAUUUAUAAUGCCUUUUAUCAUAAAGAUGUCGACUUCUUCGUUAACCUUUCGUCUCUCUGCGGUAUUGUUGGUACGCUGGGACAGUCUAAUUAUGCUGCGGGAGGCACGUAUCAGGACAUGUUUACUCAUGCUCAAGUCUCUGCUGGUUAUACAAAGUUUGCGACGAUUGACUUUCCACUAAUCAAAAGCACGUAUACAGUCACCCAAGAGCACACUCACUCUUUGGGUAGACAAGGUGUUCAGUUUCUCCCUAUUGAGACUGCUCUCCCUGUCGUUGACUAUGUGAUGAGUGGAAGGGCGUUCAAAGAUGGCAAUCACCAGAUUGCAUUUGGUCUUGAUCCUCAGUCCUUCAUCAACCAAACAACACCAGGUGGCAGAGUGCCGCCACUUGUGUCUCACCUAUUGUCUUCUCAAGACCGGGGCCUCGCGCACCAAACAGGCCAAGAAAACGAACGAACAGCAGAAGAGAAAGUCGCUCUUGCAUCAACGAUAGAAGAGGCAGAGCAGAUGAUACUGAUUGCAAUUCGAGAGAAAAUAGCUUCACUUACUGUCCUUGAAUCCCAGGAGCUCGAUCUGGAUCAAGCCGUUGCAAAUAUGGGCCUUGACUCUCUUGUUGCGACUGAGAUCAAGAACUGGAUUACCAACAAGCUACAAGCCCCAGUCCAAACUUCUGACAUUUUAGACGCUCCAAGCCUCCGGUCACUUGCGUCAUUUGUUACAAAAAGCUCCAUCCUUGUGAAGAACAAGUUUAAGCCAGAGGGUGUGAACGGUCAUAAUGAGACAAAGGCAGAAGUGAACGGCAAUAGCUACCGUGUCAAAGAAGUCUCUCUUCCCAAAUAUCCUAUGCAAUCUUUAGAAGGGACGUUGGACAUAUUCCUCGACUCCGUGAGCCAUAUAGCUAACGCUGAAGAGCUCUCGCGCACUCGAGAAGCCAUCAACGCGUUUCAAGACCCCGAUGGACUGGGACAGAAAUUGCAAGCGAGGCUCAGAAACAUGUCGGGUGGUGAGGGUGAAAACAAUGAGGUUGUUGACAUGUAUGUCAGAAACAAGUGGCUUCGUGGGCGAGAUUGGCGACCCAGACUUCGAAACUUCUUUGCUACUCUCCCUGGACAGGAUACAGCGCGACAGCCGCAGGCACAACAAGCGGCACAGCUUUCGCUAGCAGCCUAUGCAUAUAAAUUGGCACUCGAUGCAGGCACGGUCAAGCAAGAUUUCUAUCAUGAACAAGCUUUGGACAUGGCGACUGUUUAUUGGCUAUUCAGCUCAAAUCGCACUCCAGCGCUUGGCUGCGACGGUUAUGACCGAUUCCCAGAGAGCGACUACAUCGUCGCUAUGAGGCGCGGGCACGCAUACAAGAUUCCUCUCACCGACCACAAUGGACAGACUAUAGCAUACGACAAGUUGAAGAAUGUCUUUGAAGCCGUCAUACAGCAAACUCCCGAAGAAACGAAUUGGACAGGUCUACUCACCACUGCAAAUCGUGAUGAUUGGGCAAAGGCCCGUGAUGAAAUAUUAUCGGGAAAUGAGAGUGGCCGCAACUACGUCAAAACUAUAGAAGAGUCUCUCUUCAUUGUUUAUCUCGAAGAUGUAUCUCCAGAAACAGCAGAUGGUCGCGCAGAAGCCUUCCUUCUUGAUGAUAAUUCCAACCGCUGGUUGGACAAGACACUCUCAUUUGUCAUUUGUCUCAACGGCGUGACUGCUAUCUGGGGCGAGCACACCAUGGUCGACGGUACCACAUUCGGCGGUCUAAUAAAAGCUCUCAACGCGCCAGCUGUUGAACACAUCAAGCUAUCUAGUGGCUCAUCUAAUUCCACUUCAGUGGUUGAUGGCGACUUCAAAUAUUUUGAAUUCACUCUGUCACCGACUCUAUCAAAAGUAAUCCCUGCUCUCCAAACUCAGCAUCGCUCGGCCCAUGACGGCUAUACUCUCGCCAACUUAACGCAGACGUCUUGUGCGGCCUCCUAUCUAAGACAGCACAAACUUCCUCCAAAGACAGUCAUCCAGCUUCUAAUUCAGGUAGCCGUCCGCCGUCUUUUCGGAUACAACCCCUCAGGUGCCGUGGACGUCAUCUCGCAACGUCCAUUCCGCGGUGGGAGAACAGACAUGAUAUACGUGAUGACGCCGCCAGUUGAAGCAUUCUGCGCGGCAGCUGAAGACGCCAGCGUCAGUAGCGUCGAAAAGAGAAGACUGUUCUUGGAAGCUGUCAAGUCGCACGCUCGGCUUGUAGCACUGUCCACUCGCGGAAGAGGGUUUAGAUGGCAUCUCAUGGCGCUUCGAGAGAUGUUGGAGCCUGGCGAGGAGCUCCCUGUUUUCUAUAAGGAUGAGGUUUUCAAAAGAACAAGCGAGAGACCCGUCUGUACCAGCUUUACGGAAUUUGGGCUGCCAGAAAUGGGGCGGUGUCAGCCUCAUAAGGAGGAUGUGUGGGUUGGCGUGCAAGUCUUUGACGAAAGGUGA